AGAGCUGCUGAAUCUGGCAAAUGUCAUCCCAUGUCUGUGGGUUACUUAAGCCUGCCCAUCUUACCCAUUUAACCCUACUCUCCAAUCCUUUUCUUAAAGUCAUUUCUCAUCUGUGUAUUUUUCAGCUCCUGAAUAGUGUUAAUGAACCAAGCCCCUAGCUGCAUACAUCACAUUUAAUUUCUUCACGUGAAUAUUGAAUCAUAAUAACCAUACUGUAGGUACUACAUAAGUCUGUCUAUUUAAAGCUGGAGUUUACAUAAAAAUAAUAUCCCACUUGUGAAUUCAACAUUUUCUUUAAUAAAAGAAAAAAAAAUCCCUCAGCUACUUGCUCGUUAAUUGGUCUAAUUAGAUAGUAGGAAGGAGAGAAAUAAGACGUGUCAUCGGAUUAGCAUCUUAACAUCUGUUACCUCCCCUUGCAUAGAGAGCCCUUACAUUGUCCUGAAUGGCACCAACAACUACAGAUCUGUAAAGUGAAAUUAUUACACGAGAAAGAGUGACAAGUCUGCUUCUGGCAAUGAAGAAUGCCUGGCAACUUAUACCUUCUUUUCUUCAUCUAUGCCUAGCGGUGCAAACCAAUUAUGCUCCUUCUUUUUAUGACAACGGAUCUGGAAGCACCAAUGGGAACAUGGCCCUUCUGAGCCUCUCUGAAGACACUCCAGUAGGAACAUACAUAUAUACACUGAAUGGCAGCGAUCCAGAAGGGUAUCCAGUGAUAUAUGGCCUCACCUUUCCACCAGGAUCAAAAAGUUAUUUUUUAGUUGACCCUCUCCUUGGAAAUGUUACAUUAAUGGAAGAACUUGACAGAGAGAAACAAGAUGAAAUAGAAGCUAUUGUCAGUAUAUCGGAUGGACUAAAUAAGGUUUCUGAGAGAGUACGUAUUUUGGUGACAGAUGCCAAUGAUGAGAGUCCAGAGUUCCAGAAAACACCAUACAUUGUGAAUGUCCCGGAGGAUACAUCUCCAGGAAGCAGUAUUUUUCAGGUGGAGGCACUGGACAAAGACAUGGGAUCUGGUGGAAGCAUCACAUAUUUAAUGCAGAACUUACACAGUUCCAAAUUCACAGUAGAUCGUCAUAGUGGAGUUCUCCGUGUUAAAAAUGGGGUGUCUUUAGACUUUGAAAAAUCAAGAACUCAUUUUGUCACAGUAUUAGCUAAGGAUGGAGGUGGGAAGCUUCGUGGAAAGUACCAGGUCUUUACAUCAACUACUACAGUUACCAUUAAUGUUGAAGAUGUACAAGACUCCCCACCAGUAUUUGUUGGUACACCUUAUUAUGGAUAUGUCUAUGAAGAUACCACUCUGGGAGCGGAAAUACUUACAGUAAUGGCUUUUGAUGGAGAUAGAGGAAACCCCAAUGCAGUGCAGUAUUAUCUUAUAGAUGGAGAUGACGGAGCUUUUGGUAUAAACAGCAUUACUGGAGCUGUUACUGUGAUUAAAAAUCCUGAUGAACUAAAGAAAGAAGUCUAUGAGCUGAAGAUAAAGGCAUCUGAACUAACAUCUAAUGGAGAUGUGGUAGGUCAUGCUCUUACAGUAGUGACCAUCCGAGUUGUUGAUCUAAAUAAUCACCCUCCAACUUUCUAUGGGGAAAAUGGACCCCAGAACCAUUUUGAACUAACCAUGUAUGAGCAUCCACCAGAGGGAGAGAUACUACGUGGACUUAAAAUCACUGUCAAUGAUUCAGAUCAGGGAGCAAACGCAAAAUUCAACUUGCGUUUGGUUGGACCAGGAGGAAUUUUCCGUGUAGUGCCACAGACUGUAUUAAAUGAGGCUCAAGUAACGAUAAUUGUGGAGAACUCUGCAGGAAUAGACUAUGAAAAAUUUCAUUUGUUAACUUUUAAGCUUCUCGCUAUUGAAGUCAACACUCCAGAAAAAUUCAGCUCAACAGCAGAUAUAACUAUCCAUCUUUUGGAUAUUAAUGAUAAUGUGCCCAAGUUUUCCUCCGAAUAUUAUGUUGCUAGAAUCCCAGAAAAUUCCCCAGGAGGCUCCAACGUUGUAGCUGUGACGGCAACCGACUUGGAUUCUGGACUUUGGGGUGAAAUCAAGUAUUCCAUAUAUGGUGCCGGUUCUGAUCCCUUUCUGAUUCACCCUUCAACUGGUAUUAUUUAUACGCAACCAUGGGCCUCACUUGAUGCUGAAGAUACCUCUAAAUAUAACUUCUAUGUCAAAGCUGAGGAUACUGAAGGGAAGUAUAGCUUAGCUGAAGUGUUUGUAACUGUACUAGACAUCAAUGAUCAUUGCCCAGAGUUCAGUGAGAACAUUCAGCAGAAGACCAUGGUCAUUGGAUCCCCAGUAAAAAUAGAGGCAACUGAUGAGGAUGCAGAAGAGCCAAACAAUGUAGUAAAUUAUUCCAUCAUGCAAGCUGAUCCAGAUAAUGUCUUUGAUAUAGACCAGCAUACUGGAGAGAUAAAACUCAAAUCCUAUAUCAGGUCACUGGAUGUAAUUCAGAACAUCAGCCGUAACAAAAACUGCAAAUGGUCUGUGGUUGUACAGGCAAAAGACGGAGGUUCCCCAUCAUUCAGCACCACUGCAGUGGUCAAGAUUGAUGUAACUGAGGAGACCCUUCUACACAAGGGGCCUGUGGCUGCCUUUUUGAUGCAAAGUAAAGAUAACCCCAUGAAAGCCUUGGGGGUGCUAGCUGGUGUCAUGGCAAUUAUGGUGGUCAUUACAGUCUUAAUUUCUACUGCCAUGUUUUGGCGCAACAAAAAAUCUAAUAAAGUCAUGCCCCUAAGGAAAAUAAUUAGAAGAAGAAGACCAGACCACCCCUCCAGGACAAUUAGGACAGAAUGGUUGAAGUUCAAGAAGUCUUCAAGUUCUUCCGAAAAGUUUGCCAUGCAAGAUGUGGAAGUCAGUCUUCAAAAUGAGAAUGGUAAUAACAACAGUCAAUGUAUCUCAUUCCCACCACAUGCCCCCUGCCCACCUCCACUUCCACGCCUAAUACCAAGACAGAUUAAGACCGAAUGGAGCGUGCCCACAGUCUCUGGAUCUUUGACACCCAAGAUUAUUGAUCAGCAUAUGAAAGAGAAAGUUCCAAGUGCCAGUGCUGCUCUCGUAUCUGAACUGAAACAAAUGCUGGAGAAGAAAAAUGCUGGGAGCUCAGUGUCUUUUUACUAGUUUUCCAUAUGUAUAUGUCAAGGAAACAUUUUAUUAAAAAUGCACCAAGGUUCAUUGUAUAUUGUGUAAUGUCUAAAAGCAAACUAUGUUAAUAAGAAACACAUCACCUGUAAUGAGAAAAAAAUGCGCUGUAUUUGCUUUAACAAUAUGCAGAGAAAUAAGGACAUGCACAUCCUUAUAAUAAUAUGUUGUUUGUAAUGUUGUUUAUAACACAGCACAAUCUUUAUUACAGUUUUCUGUUAAAUCUUAAA